GAGCACACAAGGAAUGCCUUUUAGGGACUGGGAUUUCGCCUAUUACAUGGAUAGAGCAGGAAGAAUUAGUUGUCAACAAUGGAACCAGAUUCGAUAUCUCAACAAACACGGCCACGUUUUGCACGAAAAUAUGGUCGCUCAUACCACCACUUCGGGCAGCUUUCCUCUGCAAGCUUGGCUAGUCGCAACCUGGGGAAAGUGAGGGUGGAUUGUCGAUUCCGUCUGUCUGAGUCCCAAUGGGGCGUGCUGAAUCAAUAUACUCCGGCUGGGGUUUUAUACGUCGACCUCAAUUUCGAUCAGCCCCAAGAUUGUCGGCUCAGGUCUGCCACCGUGCUAGUGACGCUUGAGAAGGAACAGCCCGCCUUCACAAGUACAGUUCUCAACCACGAUACACUCCAGUUGACCGACUACUAUGGCCCGAAGCAUCUUAACGGCGAACCGACGACAUUGCCCAGGAAGCGAGUCUACCAACUCAUGCCGGAGGUCAAUGCCAUGGGAUGCAGCAGCGGCGGGGUCGGCGUAAAUAGCGAAAAGACAACAAACGAGGUCCGGCGAUGGAUGUUCACCGGCCAAUUGAUGCCAGGUAAAGCCCCAAACAAUGCGGUCACAUACCGCACGUUGAAGUGGGAGUUGACCGAGAACGAGCUCGACUCGCAAUCAUUUCACAAUAACGUGAUUCGGACAGGCUUCGCAUUUGAGCAUGACCGUGAAACAUUUCGGAUACGUGUCGAGAUCCAAGGCAAAUUGCAGAAGCGAACUCGUCAACUGAAAGAGUCCUGGAAGGACAAAACUCAACAUUUCAAGUUUCCCUCAGAAGCGAACCGGGAUCAGGGGUCUGCCGUCACUUUGGUCGAUGUCCGCGAAACAAAACAGUUUCACCGCAACCUUGAUCGUCUGGCUAUGGGUUUGCCACAUGAGAUGAUCAGACGGAACCAGCUCGAGGUUCCUGUGGAGGUUCCGAAUUCCAUGCCGUCUUUGUUUCAGGGGCUGCCUUCUGCUUCCCAUUCGCCUGACAUCCAGUCACAGGCCUCAAUGAAUAUGCAUUGUAAUAAUGAGCAUCUGGACGGUCCAUCGGCCCAAGACCCCAUAUCUGCGACACGGAGCAUUGACAGUGAGAGCCAAGGAACCGAGCCCAGCAUCCACUCUUCGCCUUCGUCGUCCACAACGUUGGUAGAUGGUCAAGACAGGCCAACAACAUCUACAGCAUCACCAACAGCAGCAGCAGAUGCAGCAAUAACAUCAACAAGUGAUCAGCCUGUUAAACCAUAUUCCUGCCAACCGCCGCUAUCGCCUUUCCUGGUCAUCCUUCGCAUGCUUGAAGCGAUAAUUGCCAGUCUCAUUUUGCGGUUAGAGCCGGCACCCCCCAGGAAUAAGUUGGAUAGCAGUGAUAUUAAGCAGAAAAUUGCUCCUCAGUUACCGGAGAAGCCAAAGGGGAGUCGAUGACAUGUUGGGGAUCUGCGUACACAUCUGCAUUUUUUGUCUUGCCCUAGAAUACCUGAUUUAAUCUCAUUUAAACUUACCGCAACAAGCCCGAGCCCUAAGACCACAACAACUCUUUUGCUGGUCUCA